AUGUAUUUGGACAUCACGUUUAGUUCUGGGAGUGGUAUGUUUAAUCGUCGAAAGUCCAUUAGUGCAAAGUGUGUAUUAGACAUUACCCUUAACCCUGGUUUAACAGGAGCAUCUCUGGAAAGAAUUGACCAGUUUGAUAAAGUCUUUAAAAAGCGAAGACGUCAACAUAGAAAAAGUUCUGAACAUGCACAAUUGAAGAAACUGGCUAAAAAUAAUGCUAGCUGCAUGUCUGACCUGCAUCACUCCUUGGCUGCCAUUGAGUUCGAGGCUAGUAAUCGCCUCUCUUCAACAUGCUACGCUGACGACAUGUACGACACAGACAAUGAUGAAGAGAUAGUAAGUUAUAUAUCAUCGUGGGCAGUCUCGUUUGAGAAGUUACUACAGUGUGUGGGUGGCAUUUCAGUGUUCACCGAGUUUCUCAAAAAGGAAUUCAGUGAAGAAAAUAUCUUAUUUUGGAGGACUUGUGAACAAUUUAAGAGUAUUUGUGAUCCUAAUCGAAAAAAAACUGCAGCUAAAGACAUUUACACCAAGUUUAUAUCAGAGAUGGCACUGAAUGCGGUAAAUGUAGAUCAUACUACCAGACAACAAGUGGAGCUUGAGCUCCUUACACCUAGUGAGUCAACUUUUGAUCAAGCACAGCAGGAGGUGUACAGGCUCAUGAAAACAGACAGUUACCCAAGAUUUCUUAAAUCGGAGUUAUACAAGACGUAUCUGAUGAGGGAAAUGAACAAUGAGCCACUUGGCCUUCCUAAGGAUGAUUUCCGGGGAAUUCUGAGUAACAAAGAGCACAAAGGCAAGAAAAGACUGACAAAAACAAAGGGACAGGAUACAGAGGACACCAAGUUCAGAAAACGUUUGUCACUGUUGCCAUGGAAGCAAAAACCAAUGAAACAAGCUAUUAAAGCGAAGUCUGAUUCUGACCUGAAGAAGAAUAACUGUAGUUCUCUUACAAACAAAACAACAUCUGACACCGAUCUGAAAGCACACCGCUGUAUCUCCGCCUCGUCUAAUUCCAUGGACUCUGAUGUCAACAGUACGACCUUGACGCGACCUGGAUUAUCGAUUGACCUUGAAACCAUUCAUAAGGAGAUAAAGGCCAACAACAAAGAGGAUGACCACGAAAACGGAGACGAUUUCCACUUCUGCCGCGUGAUCUUACCAGAUGGUUCUUCGACCGUCGUCAGCGCUAAGCCUGGUCAGACAGUUGAGGCAGUGCUAGGACGUCUGUGCACCAAAAGGAACAUCCCAUUCAAAGCAAUUGACGUUUCUCUCGUUGGAUCUACGAAACCUCUGAACCUCUCAAAAGACAUCUCUACUCUGGCCUCAUUAGAAAUUGUUAUCAACAGACGUGUAAUGUUUUGUGUGGAACUGCCAAAUGGAAAGUCUAUCGCAGUGAAGACAAAACCUCAUCGUUCCAUCAGUGAAGUUUUGACUCCUGUCCUCCAGAAACAUGGUGUCAAGUUAAAUCAGGUGUGUGUGCAACUGUCAGGACAGAGAAGGAUGUUGAGCAUUAAUAAGGAUGCCAAUGUCUCAACAAUUGAUAAUCGUCGUAUCCUUCUUAAAUCGGAAACCUCACAGGUGGUAAACAGACAGCAAAGAAAGUCCUCAAUCCAAGGGUUAAUCUCUGGGAAGAAGGAGAACAAGAAUGAUCUUCCUGGGGGAAGAACAUUACUGGAAAGUGAAGUGUGA